AUGACCGUCUCCAAUCUGGACUAUGACGCAGCCAAGUACGCUUUUCCGCCAUCUUUCACCCGCCGUUUCGGGGAUCAGAGAUGUCUGCCUGGACGUAUGGCUAGGUUUGAGUGCAUGGUUAUUGGAGUGCCGGAGCCAGAAGUGGAAUGGCAAAAAGAUGGCUUCCCUCUGAAGUGGGGACCCAAGUACAAGAUGGGUCGCGAGGGACACACCGCUAUCCUGGUGGUGGAGAACGCCGAUACCAUCGAUGAGGGAACCUACACUUGCACUCUCUUCAAUGACGCAGGAAAGGCUUUCUGCUCGGCUCAGCUUAAAGUGCAAGAGGAGCGUUCCCGCCAGUCUUUGCCCAGAUUCAUUUCGCCAGCUUUUGGAGUGGAGGGAUUCCGGGCUUCUCCCAAGCCUGCUAGAAAAUCGUCUCUCGGUCGGACAAUCGCCCCCGAAGACAAAAUCCCCUCAAUGCCCAUCGACAAGCCAGUGCUGCUUGAGGUCAAGCCAAAUGCUGCCAAGCUGUCCUGGAUGCCCGCGCCGACCGCCAUGUUGCCCGACAACGCCCAAAGGAUCACCUACACCAUUGAGGGACGGGAGUUGCCAAGCAAGAACUGGGUCAGGUGAGAAUAGCAGGCAGAC